UUCUUCAAGUUCAUAGUCGCUUCACGAGAACAGAGUCGUGAAGGGUCUGCAAGCCAACAUGCACUAUUCCAUCUUCUCCGGCACUUAAUUCUGCCACGAAACCAUGUGAGGUUGUGCAUGCAGCACGUCAUGUCUCACACACGCAUAUUUCCAGGAAAAGGAAAACAAGAAAAAAGGGUUUUUGGAACGGGAAUAACCAGAGUAAAUGUUAGGUCUUUUGGAUUCGGUGAAUCGAGGGAGGCAAAGGAGGUGAGGAUUCGGCUUGAUCGACGGGGAACCGCUGCAUGUCCCUUUAUUUUGGGAACAUGGGUCGGACCCCGUCGAUAGGAUCAGCGGAGGAGGAGAUGCAGCAGUUCCUCAUCAACGGCCAAUCGGCAUCGGGUCACCGUCCGAUCCGGUCUUCGCGCGCCAUGGGUCGGACCCCGACGGCUGAGAUCCGGUCUCGAUGCCGAACCGGGAGGCGUUCGGCCGGCUCUUUGACCACUGUUCCUUUCUGGUGCGCAUCCGCUGGUUUGUCUUUUGGGUAUUAAAGCUUCGCUCCCCGCCGUGUCUCAACUCGAUGCCGAACGAUUUCUUCGGUCGCCGAGGAAAACACGAGGUGUUUUCGCUGUGGCAUGGAUGGUUCCAAGGGUAGAAGGACCGCUACCGGAAUAAGUUUUUCCAGAGGUGGUUGCAUUAUUACUCUUAGAGAACAAAACUACCAUGAUAGAAGUAUCCGAUGCUGUAGCCGGUUGGGAUGUAGUGCUAGUCUCUAUGCCAUGAAAGGCACCCAGGUAGGAAAACAGGACAGAGCUUCCUUCCACUCGGGACCGUGUCCAUCAUUAUCUGCUAAUGGUUUUAGAAAGCCUCAACGAGGACAAAGAUCCAGUUGUUCUCGUGAAGAAGCAAAUGUUGCAGAAAUCCGUAAUACCCGAAGAGAUAGUGAUAAACCCAAAAGUGGUAGAAGAUUCACAGGUAUAAAAGAUUCAGACUCCAACCGAAGAGUAGAGAAUAAAAAAGACUUGCACUCUGUCCCUUUAAGUCCAUUAGUUGGAUCUGCAAAGCUUCGCUGCUCAUCAGAUAGUGCAACUGGAGGAGUGGGGUCCAGCAGGAUGAAAUUGAGAUCAAUAACAUCUAAGGAAGCCGCUAGACAGUCUAGAUAUCGUUAUAUAGAAAAUUCGAGUGCAUCUGGUAGCACCAGCAUGAGUCAUGGGGAUGCUUCACAUGAUAUGGCAUCCAGGUCAGAGGUCUUUGGUGUGGAAAAUCCUAGAGGAACAGACAUAUCCAAUGUUCUUGCACCAGAGUGUAGCUCUGCUGAUUCCAGAAGUAGCAGAGCAGAUAAUAAUUUAAGAAUGAGAUCCCUCAAAAGGGGAAGUUCAUCUUUCAGAGGCAGAGGCCGAGUCCCAUCCUUAAAUGGAUCAAAUUCAGGUACUUCAGACCUGAGUGUAUCUCUUCCGGAGCAUUUAAUAUCUUAUCAAGCUACAAGAGGAUCCAGAAACCAAUCUACCAAUAAGGUUGUUGUCUCAGUCAGAACAAGGCAGCCACCUAGGGGUGAUACUAGAAUAAGACCAGUAGGACAAGUAGAUGAGUCCAUUUUGGCACCAAUGCCUCUAACUGUUACCCAACAGUCACAAUGUGAAUCAGGAGCUAUUCCUCAAAGUUCAUCGAGAUCAUCCGCAGAUUUUCAUCAUUUUUACCAGAAUGUACAUGGAGAUCCUGGAACCAGCACUCAGAUUGCUCCUAGGAGACAAAUUCAUGAAUCUGCAGCCAAUCGCCUGCAUAUAUUUGAUGCUCUUUUACAAGAUAGAGAUGGCUAUCCACACUUAAACAUGGGAGGAGUUGCUGAGGUGUUAUUGGCACUUGAGAGGAUUGAACAAGAUGAAGGGUUAACACACGAGCAAUUAUUGGCCCUUGGCAAUCAUUUGUCUUUGGAUAGCCGAAGUUUCCAUGACCAGUACAGAGACAUGAGAAUGGACAUAGAUAAUAUGUCAUAUGAGGACUUGUUAGCCCUGGAAGAGAAGAUGGGUACUGUGAGCACAGCUCUCACAGAGGAAGCUUUAUCAAGGUGCUUGAAGAGAAGUCCCUACAUGUCUGCCUCUUUGAUCUCCGGGAUCUCUGGACGUGACGAGGAUGAAGUCAAAUGCAGCAUAUGCCAGGAGGAAUUUGUCAUGGAAGACGAGGUGGGGGAGUUGGUGUGCAAGCAUACGUACCAUGCAGCAUGCAUCCGCCGAUGGCUUCAGCUAAAGAACUGGUGCCCUAUCUGCAAAGCCUCCCUCUUGUAAUAAAGCCUGCCCUCAAGAAAAGAUGUGGUAUUUAUUCUUAUGCAUUGGCCAACGAAAGCUUGCAUUUCUUCAGCUUUCAAUGGGGACACAAUAAACCUUGUGUGUGUGUGUUAUGGCCUUCUUCA